AUGACAGGUGCGUGUAAGAAACGCUCUCGUUCCGCACUGGCAGCAGCAGCGCCGGCGGCUGAGUCUGCGCAGCCGCCAGUGGAAUCCUCAGCCGACGUGGAAGAUGUCGCCAAGGUGAUGAUGAAUCGCGAGGAAGAGAUGGUCGGUCAAUUGCACGUGCAGCGCGUGCAGUCAACCAAAAAGAUGACGAAUCGGCAGAAGAUGCUGGUGCUCGGUGCCCGCAGUAUGACGAGCAAGGACCGCCACCUGCUGCUUGACCUGCGUGGCUUCAUGCCGCACUCCCGCGAACACCAGAAGAUUAGGCGCACCAACACCCUCGGCGAUGACCUCGUCGAUCUCUGUGGGCUGCACCAGUGCAAUAGUGUUAUGUUCGUCGAGCCGCAUCGAAACGACGCCAGCUACCUGUGGAUCGGACAGGCCCCCAGCGGCCCGAGCAUCAAGAUGCAGAUCAACAACGUGCACACGGCAGACGAGAUUCGUAUGGCGGGCAACUGCCUCAAGUACAGCCGUCCGCUUCUCCACUUCGAUCGCGACUUUGAGCUCCACCCGCAUCUGCGUGUGGCGAAGUCGCUGCUGCACAUGGCCUUCAACACACCUCGCUACCACCCCAAGUCGAAACCUUUCGUGGACCGCAUCAUGUCUUUCCUGUGGCUCGAUGGCCACAUUUGGGUGCGCAACUACCAAAUUGUGCCGACAAGCCCACCGUCACUGAUGGAGAUCGGGCCCCGAUUCACCUUGGAGCCAGUGGCGAUCUUCAACGGGUGCUGCAAGGGAAACGUACUGUGGAAAAACGCGGCGGCGAGGCCACCGACGGAGCAGCGCCGCGACCGCAAGCUGCGUCGCCUCGAGAAGCAGCAAGCCAACGAGGUCAUCAAGGAGAAGUCCGAUAGGCAUAAGGCGCUCCACCCGGCACCCAGCGCUGACCCGCUCGACCUCGUCUUCCGUGACUGA